AUGACCGAUUAUCUGCGCUCCGGACCAAACGCCAUUCUCGCACACGGCACGAGCUGGAAAUCGGUACCGUUUGUGUCCAUCGGCUGGCUAUACUUGGUUGGCCCCAUUGCUAUCGAGUUAGCCGCAUUGUUGUUUGCUGUCAUGACGAUCAACACCAAUCGAAGCAGUCAGAAUAAGCCGGUAUGGAAGGCUUCACUCCUCUUGCUUCUUUUUUGUCAGUUUUACCAGUCAUCUGGCAAGAUCCUGGCCAAGUAUAAGGAUGCUGCGAGGGUUGAGGACCUGGCAAACAAGUGCCACGCCCAUCUGGAGUAG